CACACAAUGUCAAUAUAUAGGGUAUUUUAGCUUGAAAUCCCCCAACUCGAAAUGAAAGUCACAAUGCACUGAAACCAAAGCGAUUAGAAUCUUCGCAAUUCGCUCACAAUAUGUUCAGUAGAUUGCAGAUAAGAAGCUUCUAUUAUUUGGCCAACGCAUGAUUUACGUAUUUUUUUUUUAAUUUAGCGGUACUAGUUUUAAAAUAAACUGUGGUUCUUUGACAAUAGCUCCGCUUUUCUAAUCAGUUUAUGGAGUUGUCUAGAUAAACAUUGUAAAAUGGUGAAAAAAUGCUGUUUCUGCAUUAAAUUGCGCAAAGCCUGCAUCAUCAUAGCCAUCGUGGACCUCAUCAUUAACUUAGUGGUGCUCAACUUGGCGGGUCAGGAGUUCAUCGCACACAUUGAGCAGGCGGUGGCCAUCUGCCAUUGCAUCGGCUGCACAUUCCUGCUGGGCGGAGCUCUAAUCAGAUCAACUGUUCUCCUGAUGUUCUUCCUGAUCACUAGCCUGACCAACUGCAUGAUCCUGCUCGUGUACUGCAUCUACAUGCUGAUUAAGGAGGUGCGGUACCGGGAGAUAAUUGUCCCAGGAUCUGCGAUAUAUAUAUGCUUUGGUAUCUACUUCUGGAUUGUCGUCUACUCGUAUUAUGCCGAAGUCAGAGAUCCCGAAGACGUUCUGGAAGUUUAAAACCUUACGCAGAAAGAAUAUAAUUGCCUUCUGGUCUGGAUUGUUUUAUCCGUUUUUCUAGGUGCUUAUGAUCUCAAUAGUAUUUAAGUUAAUUGUAAAACUCAUUCAUGUUUUAUUGGUGAGCUCAAAUGAAAUUGAGAUUAUCCCUAGCAAAUCGGAUCCCAAAUUACAUGUACAUAUUAUAAAAAAAUCGAUUGUACAGUUACUUUUAGAAUCGUGUAACAUGUGAGAGGUCUGCACACUCUUUAGGUGCGCUUCGUCACUAAGUUGACUGCCGUCCACAGAUAUAUUUUGUAUAUUGGUAAAUAAAAUUUAAUAAAUAGGUAAGCGAGUUAUAACGCUAACCCACUUAC